GGAGCUCGCGGCGGGCUGUGGAACUCCAGGAAAGACAACAGGUGUCUACUUUCACUAGUUAGCCUAGUGCCUCGGGAAUGCGAGCCAGGCCGGCCAGGGUUCACGCACAGCCAGCCUCACCAUAAAUGUAUUGGACACCGUGGACGUUCCUGCGCCUGGUUGCUGCCAAUCAUAUACUUGUGAAAGAUCUUGUCUUGGGUGCGGCACCAGUUCGCACGCUGCUUACAAGGUUCACCAGCGCUCGUCUUGUGGUACCUCUAUCCUCCGUCCCAAUUAGGCUAGAGUUGCCGCCUUCGCAGCUUUCCGAAAGCGCAUUAUUAAUAUACAGAGAGUGCUUUCACUCUUACUUGCGGAAAACACGGGAUUCGCUUUCUCCAAGGACAGGUGUUCUUUUGCUGCACUGUGCGCCCUGCGCAGUAGGUAGUCCUGCCUUCACAGCGGGAAUAAUAUUUGGGGGCGAAUACGACAAGAGUACCGCAUUGAGGCCCUUGUUUCGGUAAUGCACAAUGUCGAGCAUUCAAUGUCCGUGCGCGCUGCGCUGCUCCAUUGAUGCAUGGCAUGGUUUCGUCAGUGUGACGGUCGACCUUUAGUACUCUGUAAAGGCAGCUGAAGGCACAUGGCGCCGGCCUGGGGCUUGCCAGCAAACCAUAGAGGC